AUGGUAGCAGUCAGCUUAGAAAGAGUGCAGGUGCUCGGGCAGAUCGACGCGGAGCCACGGUUCAAGCCGUCGACGACGACAGUGGCGGACAUCGUGACGAAGGAGGCGCUGGAGUUUGUGGUGCUGCUGCACCGCACGUUUAACGGGCGGCGGAAGGACCUGCUUGCGCGGCGGCAGGAGCUGCAGCAGCGGUUGGACAGCGGGGAGGCGACGCUGGACUUCCUGCCGGAGACGCGGGCGAUCCGCGAGGACCCGACGUGGCAGGGGCCGCCGCUGGCGCCGGGCUUGGUGAACCGUUCGACGGAGAUCACGGGCCCGCCGCUGCGGAACAUGCUGAUCAACGCGCUGAACGCGGACGUGAACACCUACAUGACGGACUUCGAGGACUCGCUGGCGCCGACGUGGGAGAACAUCACGUACGGGCAGGUCAACCUGUACGACUUGAUCCGCAGCCGCGCGGACUUUGCGGUGGGCAGCAAGCAGUACCAGCUGCGCGACCGGUUUGAGCGGCUGGCGACGCUGCUGGUGCGGCCGCGCGGGUGGCACAUGGUAGACAAGCACGUGCUUGUCGACGACGAGCCCAUCAGCGCCUCGAUCCUGGACUUCGGACUUUACUUCUUCCACAACGCGGCUAAGCUAGUGGAGGUGGGCAAGGGCCCAUACUUCUACCUGCCCAAGAUGGAGCACCACCUGGAGGCCAAGCUGUGGAACGACAUUUUCAACGUGGCGCAGGACUACAUCGGCAUGCGCCGCGGCACCGUGCGUGCGACCGUGCUGAUCGAGACUCUGCCUGCCUCGUUCCAGAUGGACGAGAUCAUCUGGCAGCUGCGCCAACACUCCGCAGGCCUCAAUUGCGGGCGCUGGGACUACAUCUUCAGCACCAUCAAGAAGCUGCGCGGGCAGUCGCAGCACGUGCUGCCUGACCGUGACCAGGUCACGAUGACCUCACCGUUCAUGGACGCCUACGUCAAGAGCCUGAUCCGCACGUGCCACCGCCGCGGCGUACACGCCAUGGGCGGUAUGGCCGCGCAGAUCCCCAUUAAGGACGACCCCGCCGCGAACGAGGCCGCGCUCGCCAAGGUCCGCGCAGACAAGAUCCGCGAGCUGCAGAACGGCCAUGACGGCUCCUGGGUCGCACACCCCGCGCUCGUGCCCAUCUGCAACGAGGUCUUCCGCAACAUGGGCACGCCGAACCAAAUCCACGUUGUGCCCGAGGUCCACAUCGGCGCGCGCGACCUCGUCAACACCUCCAUCUCCGGCGGCCGCGUCACGAUCGCGGGUAUCCGCCAGAACCUGGACAUCGGCCUGCAGUACAUGGAGGCCUGGCUGCGCGGAAGCGGCUGUGUCCCCAUCAACAAUCUGAUGGAGGACGCCGCCACCGCAGAGGUCUCGCGCUGCCAGCUUCACCAGUGGGUCCGCCACCGCGUCAAGCUCGCGGACACUGGCGAGAACGUCACCCCGGACCUCGUCCGCGGCCUCUUGCGCGAGCGCACCGACGCCCUGGCUCGUGCCAGUCGCGCCGGCUCAUCGAACAAGUUUGCGCUGGCCGCUAAGUACCUCGAGCCGGAGAUUACCGCCGAGCGCUUCACGGACUUCCUCACCACCUUGUUGUACGACGAGAUCGUGACCCCCACAAACGCCUCAAAGUCGCGUCUCUGA